AUGGCGCAGCCCAUGUCCACGCUCUCUCCGGAGAAAAUAAACGCCAAUUCGAACGCCAUGCAGCACGACGACGAAAUCGAUAUCUACGCUGAGGGGCUUUCAAGCCCGUUUCUGGAGAACGUUGAGCCCGGCAACCAAGAAAAUAUUGCGCCGAGCGUCGCACCCACACCUUCCAAGCAGCAAUUGAUCGACUUCGAGGAUGCAAAUGUGCCCCAGUCGGCUUUCAAGGUCGACUCGGGCAGGAAAGCUGCGUUGAAGGAGCGCAGCAGCCCGUUCAAGUCGUCGCCAGUUAAGAACCUGCUAGGAGAUUUUGAGGCUGCUGCAGCGCAGAGACCGAAUCGGAGUCGCGCGAGCACAUUGAAGAGCUCACCAGUCAGGCAACACAUAGUUGAGGAUUUUGGAGUCACUACGCCUGGCAUGGGCCGUGCGAGUACCCUGAGGCUUUCUCCAGCUAAAUCGCCGAUGAAGUCAAGUCCCUUCGAGGAGCGCCCUAGAUCUUCUACGAGUAAUCGUACUCGCAAGAGCCGCUCGCCGUCGAAGUCAUCGGUCCUCUCGUCCGUCCCGUCCGAUUUCGACAUCGAGGCAACACCUCGCGCGCCCUCGCUCGGUGCUGCCAUCAAUCUGACAGCGACACCCUCGAAGCGACCGUCGCCAGCACAAACGCCCUCGCGCCAUGCCGCCGAACUGCGUGACAAUGAGGGUCUCACAGUUGCCGCAAACCGAUUUAUGGAGGAUACAGACCUGGACAGAAAUCACAAGAGACGGAAAUCGUACGAGAAUCAAUACGAGGUGAACAUGGAGGCCGACAUCACGGAUUUCAAUCCAGACGCCACAACGCCGGACGUCGACGACACGCGCUUCAGUGACUUUUCUGAGAUGCCAGGCCUCGACAUGACCAAAUUCGCGUCUUUCAGGAAGAGCCCGACGAAGAACGGUGACGCAACACCACGCGCACGCACCCAGAUGACCCCGUCCACAAGCCGUCGCUCGGAGCGCACGCCUUCGCCUACGCCUCGCCGGCCAUACAGAGACAACGAUACCACAAACUUGCUACUUGACUUUACCGCACAAAUAGAGUCUCUCGGAGCAUCGCGCAAUGGCACACCUUCACACGGCAACGGCAAGUCGACCACAGAGCCGAAUCUUCGCUCGUACUAUCAAAGCAAGCGCUCUCCAGCUAAAGGCGGGUAUACACCUAGCCAAAAUCGCCCGCUGUUGAAUCUUCUCGACUUUGAACUGCCUCCCCCACCGACACCACGAUCGCUGCCGACGGUGACUAUCCGCGAAAUGGAGUCCCUCAAGUCGCAAUUCCAGUCGCAAAUCUCCUCGCUCUCUGCUAGUCUCUCAGGCAAGGAAGCCGAGGUUGAGUCGCUGUCAAGAGCAAUCGGGGACGCAGAGCGUCGCGUGGGCGAAGCACAUGAGGCUGUGCGGGAUGAGCGGUCAGCGCGUGAUUACGCUGAGGCGCAGAUGGAAGACUGGAAGAAGAAGGGCGAGGAAGUCCAGACCAUUCUUCAAGACGUACAAUCCGAGCUUGCACGCAACGAUGAGGAGCGUGACCAGCUCCUCGCGCGCUUAGCGGACGCGGAGAGGCGCGCUGAAGAUGCAGAAAUCCGUUCCACUGAGCUCGAGACUAGACUCAUCGAUGCGGAGAGCAAGAAUGUCGACAUGACCACCUUUAUCAAUAACGAUGAGGACGAGAAUAAAAAGAUCUACUCGGAGAUCGAAUGCCAGUCGGCCAUUGCCGAGAAGGUCAACGAGGUCGCUCGCGAUCUUCACGCUGCAUACAAGGCAAAGCACGAGAAGAAGAUCAAGGCGCUCAAGGAGAACUACCAAAAGAAGGCCGACGAGCGCUGCAAGGAGCUCCGCCAUCAAAUCACGAAGCUCGAGCGACAGAUCGGAGACGCAGAGGAGAAGCGAGACGAUACUUUCAGCAGCUUCGACGAAUUCGGCUCCAAGUCCAACGGUUCAUGCGAGAAGUGCGGAAAGAACGCAGCGGCAGGACCCGUUUCCAGCCCAGAAGAUCUGCACAAUCUCGAAGCUCAGCGCUCCGAGAUUGAGAGCCUCAAGGCCAAACUUGCGGGUCUGCAGUCCGAGCUGCACUCACUCCACAGGACACAACAGACCUUGCUCGAAGAGCUGGAAGCUGAGCGCGUCGAGAAGGGCGAGCUGGUUGCUGCCGCGGAGCAGAUGCUUGUCCUCUGUGGCGAGAAGAUGGAGUCCAUGCAACAGGAGGACUUCCGUCGCAGUCAAGCAGCUCCCGCACAGCCUCCGCUCGAGCCACGGCCAACAUCCAGGCCAACGAGGCAGCAGCCGGCGCCCGAGCAACAGGCAAUGCGUAACACGGGUUUCCUUGCAGGCGGGAGCUCAGUCAGUUCCUCCGCUACUCGCCCUGGCUCCUCACUGUCUAGCAGUCAGUCUAGCAGUCACUCUGGCAACUCAAAGUCCAAGCCCAGCGGUAUGCGCGCGCCCGGCGGUUUCGGCUUUAAGGCUGCCGGCGAGUCAGCUCUAAGCAGGAGCCAGAGCGGUGCCAGCAAGAGUAGGCUCUUGUCUAAUAUCGAGCGCAUGGGCAGCACCAAGGGCCAAGAGUAG